ACAGCGACCCUUUAACCCCAGAAAUCCAAAACCAAACCAGCGAGCGAUCCUUAAUCCUUGCAGAUAAACAACUCUACUCCUCUCACCCCCCGCAUCCAUCGAACUCCAACCUCUUCCUCUCCUCUUCUUCCCUCCCAUCGACGCGCAGAUCUAUCCCCCGUCGCCGUGCGCUUCCCUCCGAUCGCGAGCAGAUCGGAUUUAUGCGGCCGUACUGCUUCUGCUGCUGCUGCUGCGAGGAGCGCCAGCCAUGUCGUGGAGCUUGAGCCGUGGUGAGGGGGAGGAGGCGGGCGGCGGCGGCGGCGGCGCUGGGGUCGGGGUUCGGCGGUCGCAAUGUCCAGCAUGUCGGACUCGGGGACGGGCGGCCGCGGGGGCGCGGAGCUGAUGGUGGAGCAGUUCCACCUCAAGGUGCUCCAUGCCGUGCUCGCCGUGCGCGGGCCGCGCCCGCUGCAGCCGGCCGCGUCGGCGUCGUUCAGGCGGCGGGACAGGUGGUUCCACCUCCCGCUCCACGAUCCGCAGCCUCCGCCCGCGGCGGAGGGAGUGGAGGCGCCGGAGGCGGGGGAGCCGCUCGUGGUGGACAUCCUCCUGGCUCACGCCGCAGCCGGCGGCGGCGGCGGCGGCGGAGCGGGCGGGGAGGUGGUGGAGAGAUGGACGGUGGUGUGCGAGCCCUGGCCGGACGCCGCGGCGGGCGAGGGGAUACCCGUGAACCGGGCGUACAAGCGCUGCAUGACGAUGCUUCGGUCGGUGUACGCCACGCUCCGCUUCCUGCCGGCGUACCGCGUCUUCCGCCUCCUCUGCGCCAACCAAUCCUACAACUACGAGAUGGUCCACCGCGUCGGCUCCUUCGCCGUGCCGCUCUCCCGCGACGAGGAGGCCGCCAUGCGCUCCUACCAGUUCGUCCCCGUCGAGACGCAGCACGGCCGCCUCGUCGUCUCUGUCCAGUACCUCCCCAGCCUCGCUGCCUUCAAUCUCGAGAUCUCCUCCUUGUCGCCCUCCAUGCUGAUCGCCGACUACGUGGGCAGCCCUGCUGCCGAGCCAAUGCGUGCCUUCCCAGCUUCGCUCACAGGAGCCACAGGUUCCGCUUUCCCGCAGGCGCUGUCCAAUCAGCCGCAGCGCCCGCACAGCUGGGCGACGCCAGCGCUCUGGCCGCAGGCGCCUAGGCAGCAAGCUAGAUUUUCGCCACCUCAUUUGCUCAACGCAUCACCCACUCCAUCGCCACCCAAUUUUCCCAGCGGGUAUCUUCAAUCUCGUCCUAAGGGAGGGUCUGCACCAAUGAGCAUACCACAGGUGGGUGACAGGAGGAGCCCAAUUCACCGGCCGAUCACAUUGCCACCAACGUCUCCGAGGAGAGUAGGGGAGACAGGAACAUCUAGUGCACAACAGUCUCCAUCAGAGAGAUGCCCCUCGUUUGGGAGGGCAGAUGGAUUUCGAAUAAUGGAUCCCUAUGCAAGCUUGUCGCCAGGACGCAAGGGCAAGGACACUAAGGACGAAUCUGGCAGGUUCUCUGCACUCUCCUCCUGUGAUUCCCCUCGACAAGAUGAUAUAGAUGAUGCAGAUUAUCCCUUUGCUGUGGAUGAUGUUGAUACACCGAGCUCCCAGCCUGGGAGCAGUGAUGGGAAGGAAGCUAGAGAUCAGGCAAGUUCGUCGUCCCAUAAAUCACAAGAUGCCGCAGUUGGCUCUCUGGUGCACCUGCUCAAAACUGCACGCCCUCUGCGAAACUCUAAUUGUCCAUCUCAAGCAUCAGCGGUUGAAUCUAGUGAAGCAGCCUCAACCAGUUCUGUCGUGUCCCGUAGGAAAUCUGAUGCACUCGAAGAGCUCCAAUCAUUUAAAGAAAUCAAGGAGAGGUUGAUGUCCCGGAGUAGAGCAAAACAGCAAGAGCCACCAGAAAAACCAUAGCACCGUUCUUUCCUUCGUAAACUUCACAGGUGAAGAUCCCCUACCACAAAGCGGGCUAUGCGGUGAGCUCAGUGACGUUAUGCUAAGGAAUUCGUGUGUAUAUAACUGAUGGACUGAUGCUUUUAGUUAAAGAGAAGAUACGAGUUACCACUGAUUUCUGCGAGAAUCCCUCGCCAUUCUUGAACUCUAGAAGAAUUACGCCACUGUUUAUACGCUUUUAUACGUAGGUGGGAGCCUCUUGACGAAUAUAGCAGCUCCAGCGUGUGCGUGUGUAAUUAUGUGACUGUACUGACUACUGUGCCGAGUGUUCGGUAAAUUAAAGUAUCUAUCUUCAAACUUCAAAAUAUUGCUCGUAAUCCAGAAAUCAAAGGCUUAA